GUGUUUUUGAGCUGGCCUAUAACAACAAAAGUGUGCCCCUAAAAACCAUAAAUGCAGUGCAGCAGCUGACUUUGUACCCAGAACUGAUAGCCAGCGCUCUUUAUCAGAUGUCUGGCAGUAAGGGAGUUGUCGACCCGUUACAUUUUUACAUCGGAAUCCUAUUUGGUCUUCAAGGGAUUUAUGUCACUGCGCUGUUUGUCACCAGUUGGAUUAUGAGUAAAACAUGGCUUGCAGGUGUGCUGACCGUAGCAUGGUUUAUCAUUAACAGGACAGAUACCACCAGAAUGGAAUAUUCCAUUCCUGUUCGAGAAAACUGGGCGCUGCCAUACUUUGCCUGCCAAGUUGCUGCUCUAACUGGCUUUUUAAAAAAUAAUUUAAAUGGACCUGCAUCG